AUGACACGUGCAACACGGCAAAAAGAAAAGGAGGAGGAACAGGCCGGACGUCGCGCGACAAGGAGGCUGUCUCAACAAACCGAUAGGGAGGGUGGUGGCGGCUCUAAAGGUUCUAAUGCGUCCGCCGCGCGUGGCAGAGUGGUGAAAAAAUCGGCGGGAAAAAAGGCCACGUUUGGACAGGAGAAGUCCGGCAAGAAGGCGGAAGAGAAGGAGAAGACUGCUACUACUGCCACAGGGAGCGUGAGUCUUGCAGUCCCGUCGGCGGAGAGAGAGGGGUCGGCGACAGGGGGAAACCACGGCGACUCUCCCCGCGCCGAGCAUGGCGCAACCCAGGAGUCCGAGGCGGAGGCAUCCCAACACAGACUGACGCUGCUCCAGCCAAACGUGGUCGAAGUUUCUGCUGCCGUGGUGGAUAAGGCCAAGGCGCGGGAACACAGCAUCGCCGACGACACCGCCGUGCCCGGGGACAUCAAUACGCGGUCGAAGAGGCGGCAGACAAGCCGCGGUGCUGACGACGCCGGUGGUGCGGAAGUUGGGACAACGCGAGGCGCCAGGGAAGCAAGUGGCCAGGUGACGGGUCAUGCAUUGCGCAAGCAGGGCGGACUCGCAGCGAGGAGAACAUCCGGCGGAAGAAGGGGCAAGAAAGAUGAGGGGAAUGCGGGGGAUGAGGAGGAGGAGGCUGAGGAGGAGGAGGAUGCGGAGGAAGAGGAGGAUGAAGAGGAUGCGGAGGAGGAGGACGUGGAGGUUGGGGAGGAAGAAAAGGAUGAGAAUGAUGAUGAGGAGGACGAAGAGGAGGAGGAGGAGGAGGACGAGGAGGGGGGCGACGAGGAUGAGGAGGAGGCGGAGGAGGAGGAGGAGGAGGAGGAAGAGGAGGAGGAGGAGGAAGAGGAGGAGGAGGAGGAGGAGGAGGAGGAGGAGGAGGAGGAGGAGGAGGAGGAGGAUGUGGCGGCAGCAUUGGGCCACCGGUAA